GCCCCAGGGGUGAGAUGGGCCCAGGGGACCCAGAGCCAUGUCCCCAGGGGCACUUCUGUCCCAAGGGCACAGCUCUUCCAGUGGCUUGUCCAGCAGGGUCAUAUAACCCCUCACAAAGGCAAUCCAGCUUCCUCCCCUGUCCUGAAGGGUAAGAGUGAGACCGUGACCUGAGUGUUGCAUAUAUGAGUAAAGGAGUAUGGCAAAUAAUGGUUUAUCACACCACCUUGGAGCACUGCAGUGGAAAAAUGACUGACCUUACCACUGGAAAGCACUUAGACCUGACAGGAAGCAGGACAACUAUUGAAUGCUGUUAACAACACUAGAAAAUUGAUUGUGGCACCAGGCAAAGUCCUAAACCCAGGUUCUUCUGCCCCAAAAAUUCCUCUUCAUUUUUGGAGAAUGAGUGUUCAGCUGGCCACUACUGCCCUACCGGUACUGCUGCUGCCACUCAGUUUCCAUGUCCCCAGGGAACUUACAACCCACAAAAUGGAAGCAGCCUUCUGUCUCACUGUACCCCCUGUGACCCAGAUAACAAUCAGGGGAGAACCGUGUCCACCUGGACAUUACUGCAUGGUGGGGAGCAGCAGAGCCCAGCCUUGCCCUGCAGGAAGUUAAACCCAUCCUGGAGUAUGGCACAAUGUUUGGAGUUCCCAGAAGGUUUUUACUGUAAGACUGCUUCCACAAACUACACAGAUUGCCCUGCAGGUCCCUGUGAGGCUGGCUUCUACUGCACAGGGGGCUCCAUGCUCCCAAACCCUAUGGGUGGUGCAGUGGGGAACAUCUGUCCUCAAGGUCACUUCUGUCCUGCAGGAAGCUCCUCUCCAUCUCCGUGUCCCCCAGGAUUGUGUUAUGCUGGCUAUUUCUGUGAUGCUGGAUCUACACAGCCGGAUCAUAAGCAGUGCCCCCUGGCUCCUACUGAAUCCCCAGUCCCUUUCAGCCCUGGGCACUUCAACUCUGACAGUGGAAAAUGGCAGUCAAGAGACUGCCAGCUCUGCCCUGCUGGGUAUUUCUGUAGUGGUUCUGGAGCACAUACUCCUGAGCUGUGCCCUGCUGGGUACUUCUGUCUGCCAGAUACCAACUUCAGUGCACAGCAUCCGUGUCCGAAGGGAACCUUUGGCCCCAGGGCUGGUGCCACUGGCAGCUCUGUCUGCGAGCCCUGCCCAGCAGGCAUGUAUUGCUCAGCACCAGGUCUGUCCCAGCCUUCUGGAUUUUGCUACUCGGGUUAUCACUGUGCCAGCGGAGCCACCAGCCCAGCGCCCUUCAAACACAGGGUGAGUGAGUGCUGGGCAGCAGCACAGUAAGCCUAGCUUCCUGGGGACAAGGACUGGACUGUCACAAUCUCAUAGCUUCUAGUGUAAUGUUUUCCAAGUAUUCCUGCUCUCUAUAGAGUUACUCUUGCCUGCUACUGCUGCCCUUGAGAGCUCCUCAGGUCGCCUAAUGUUCUGCUCUUAACAUCUGCUGGAACAUGGAGCUGCCUGCUAACAACUUCUGGCCAGACCUCCAUUUCUGUAGAUUGUACUGGAGUGUGCCAUGGUCUCUUCCAAACAAUGGCAUCAGUGAUCAGAUAGCCAUGGCUCAGCAGCCAACACUUUGAGAGACCUUUUUAUGCCAGCUGUGUCUUCGUGAAGUUUCAGUGGCAGAAAUCUUUUUUAUUUAAAGAUUAAAUAACUGCGAAGACUUUGUUCUUAGCCCUCCAGGUUGGCCAUACAGCAUCUGCUUGUGAUCUCACUGAAUGGCCUCAAAGCUAUUCCUUCUCCCUCUACGUUUGCCUCACAUUCUGUCCCAGCCUUAUACAUGGUCUUUUACUGUUUUUCCCAUAGAUUCAGUUUAUUACAAAACCCUUAUUUAGCCUCACAAUUACACUUGAUGAGCAUUUGAGCUGGGCAUCCUUUUCCCUGCUCUGUGUUUUCUCUCUUUUCCCACGAGGUGGUGCAAUAACCAUUGGCAAGCCAGCAGUCCUGGCCUGCACAACACAAGCAGAAAAGUGCUGUUAGCAACAUUUGUCCAUCUCACUAGUAUGCCUUGGAGCUGCAGAAGCUCGGUUCAUUUAAUCUGCAAAAGAGAAGCUUAGAAGUGAUUUCAGCGUGGUGUAACAGGAUUUGGUAGGAAAAGGUUUGUGAUCGCAGACAGCCCUUCGAUCUACUAGAGAAAAUGAUAACGCAGUUUUAAUAUAGCUAGAAGCUGAAACUAAACUCAGAUUAGAAGUAAGGGCUGCAUUUGGAAGAACUGAAAUAAUUAGCCACAGGAACAAACUUCCUGGGAAAAAGAGGUGUUUACUACAUCCUGAUUAAAUUUUAAGCCUUCCUGGGAAUUCCUUUAACUUUAGGAAGAUGGCACCUCCUGGCUGCAACAGCACUGGGGAAGGUUUUCUGGCCUGAGUUAUAAUGAACAUUAUGUGAUUAUAAACGACCCUUGGCUUACAAAAUCUUUGAAGCUCUGUUCCUUUUACACUCAGUCAUUGUCUUAAGGACUAGGAAAUUUUUCUUCUUUAGAAAUUGCAUCUGCAGCAUACAGUAGGACCAUGGCUCUCAUUUUCUUGUAGCUUAACUUCUGGAAGCCAUAAUAUUUUUUAAAUAUUUCCUUAUCUUUACUUAUUGUGAGCAUGUGGCAGAGGAGUGGUAAAGGGAAGAGUCAAUGCAGAAAUAGAUGACAUUAAGGCAGAGACCUACAAGAAGAUCAAAGAUAAGAGGAGACUAAGGAAAAACAGCGAGAACUGAACACUUGGGCCCUGUGUUUUGAAAUAAAAUAGAAACCUUGAUUUUAAAAGUCUUUUUCUUCCAGAAUGAGAAGACUUUCCAGACAGCUUAGAAAGAUACAUACAAUUUAAAAAAAUACAAUUUAAAGGUGUUUUGUUAGCAAGCUUGUGGGGAGAGACUUCAAUUUUUUCUUUGUUUUUGACCCCCAUUAAAGCAAAUUUAUGAUCUCACUGCGAGGAGGCAGGUUUGGGACAGCUAAUUUAUGAUCUCUAUUAAAAGAAUGAAAUCUUG